AUGGCAGUUUUCAACCUCACCCCCUCUGACCCUUCAUCAUUUAUCCUAAAGGGCAUCCCUGGCCUGGAAGCUGCCCACAUCUGGAUUUCAAUCCCUUUCUCUACAUCCUACAUUAUCAGCCUUUUGGGAAAUUUCAUGGUUCUGUUUGUUGUAGGCAAAGAGCAGACCCUGCAUAAGCCGAUGUACCUGCUGCUCUGCAUGCUGGCACUCACAGACAUCAGCACGUCGACCUCCGUUGUGCUGAAGGCACUGUGUAUAUUUUGGUUCAAAUUGGAAGUUAUUACUGUGGGUGGCUGCCUCACCCAGAUGUUCUUCUUUCACGCGGGCACUACGAUGCACUCAGCCGUCCUUGUCACAAUGGCCUUUGAUCGCUAUGUUGCCAUAUGUAACCCUCUGAGAUACGCCACCAUCCUCACCAACGCACAAAUAGCUAAGCUAGGGCUAGUGGGUUUGAUAAGAGCCGUUCUCUUUUCUCUGCCCCUGCCCCUGCUCCUCAGCAGGCAGCCAUUCUGUGCCAACCGCAUUAUCCCCCACACGUACUGCGACCACAUGGCUGUGGCAAAGAUGUCGUGUGGGGACAUCACAGUCAACAGGAUGUAUGGCUUGGUGAUACCAUUUGUAGUCAACGGGUCAGACCUGACACUCAUUGCCCUGUCAUAUGGUCUGAUCAUCAGGGCCGUCCUCAGAAUCUCCUCCAAGAAAGCCCACCAGAAAGCCCUCAACACCUGCACAGCCCACAUCUGUGUGAUGCUGAUUUCUUAUCCCCCCUUCUUUUUCUCCACUGUGACACACCGGUUCGGUCAGGGUAUCGCUCCCCACAUUCACAUCAUCUUGGCGAACCUCUGUUUCCUCCUCCCGACCAUGCUCAACCCUAUCAUUUAUGGGGCCAAAACCAAAGAGCUUCGGGAGAAAGUGGGCAAAUACACUUACAGAAUGUGGUCGCUUGGGGGCCACUGA